AAAAAUCGUCCCUUUAACUAAAUAAUAUGGCUAAAAUAGAUAAAAUUAAGUUUAUUUAUUUAUGUCGUGGAUGCCUGGUAAAUUUGGACAGGACGACUACAAAUUCAAUAUUUGCCCUAUCCGAAGAAAGAAAUUCUGAAAGAUUUUCAUCUUGCACCAACAUUCCCGUGAGAUUUCAAAACAAUAUAAAAGAAAAUGACGAUUUACCUAAAAGCCUGUGCAAAGAUUGUAUGGAGAAAUGCAACAUUUGGUAUAACUUUAAGAAGCAAUGUGAACAAUCCAACGAAAUUCUGCAGCGUUUAGUUGAGGAGGUACAAGUUGAUGUCCAUGAAAAUUUGGAUCCUCUAACAUUCACUUUACCUCAGAAUUUAUCUGAAAUUCACGUUUUAGACAGUAGCUUACUGUCGGAAAUUGGGAUAGGUAUAAAAAAAGACAUUGGGGAGAUUGGGGAUGAUGUACGAAUAAGUCAAGAAAUUUUUGAGGAAAGUCACCAAAUAGUCGAUUGCAACGAAGAAAAUAAACCUAAAAAACUUCAAGAUAAGGGCAAGAGUACAAUGAAGAAUAAAUCCAGUCGUAAUCAUCAUCAUUGCAUGAGUUGCAAUAAGAGUUUUCGGAAUGAGGAGCGAUAUGAAGCUCACCUACGGGAACACAAAGGUCUUAAGCCUGAAUUAUGCAAAAUAUGCAAUAAGGAAUUCAACAACGUAAGAGCUCUUCGACGACAUCGAAUCAAGCACAAUGAUAUAAAACAAUAUAGCUGCGGAAUUUGUGGAAAUAAAUAUAAAUACGCCACAUCCCUCACGCUCCAUACGAAAACACAUAAAAACAUCCGAAGCUACAUUUGUGAUCUCUGUGGCAAAUCCUUCAUUCGCGCCCACGGACUUCAAAGUCACCUUCUUUCGCAUUCCACAGAAAAACCCUAUUCAUGCGAUGAAUGUGGCAAGACGUUUAAAAAUCAAGUUAUGCUGAAGAAUCAUCAGAUGCGUCACAAUGGGGUGAAGAGAUUUGUUUGUAACAUCUGUGGGAAGACUUUCACAACAUCCCCUGAACUCACAACUCAUACGCGCAGUCAUACAGGUGCCAAACCCUUUAGUUGUUCUCUCUGCGAGAAGAGCUAUAAAACUAAAAGCCAUCUUGCCGUUCACAUGAGAUUUCAUACCGGAAUCAGGCCAUAUGCAUGUGAUUUGUGCCCACAGACAUUUGCACAUAAUAAGGUACUAAAGCAACAUAGAUUGACACACACCGGAGAACGACCAUACAGCUGUGAGGUGUGCCAAAGAGCAUUUCGACAAAAAAGUACUCUCAAAUCUCACAUGCGGACCCAUAAGCAUCCAAGAAACUCUCAGCAAGAUGAUCAAUUUUAUGUGACAACAUACCUGGAAGAUGUUCAAGCCAUAGGGAUAAAUCAAAAUGAUUUUAUAGCAUUUUAAUAGAUCUGAAUUGCAAUAUUAUUUAUCCUCUGAUAUCUCAUCUAAAAA